CUCUCUCUCUCUCUGUCUCUCCUCCCCCACAACGCCAAAAAAAAAAGCCUCUGGGUUUCCUCACACGCAUCUCCACGCCCCUCUCCCCCCCUCCCUCCCUCCCUCUGUCCGUCUCUGUCUCUCUCUCUCUCUCUCUGUGUGUGUGAACAUGGAGUGCCCCCACUUGGCGUCCAGUGUCUGCAUCGUCCCGGAUUCCACCAAGUUCCCCAACGGAUCGCCCUCUUCCUGGUGUUGUGCCGUUUGUCGUUCCAAUAAAAGUCCGUGGGUCUGUUUAACGUGUUCGAGUGUUCACUGUGGAAGAUACGUGAAUGGACAUGCCAAGAAACACUAUGAAGAUGCCCAGAUUCAUUCCAAUAGCCUUAGGAAGUCAGAAAAACACGAAAAAGAAAAGUUGCAGCAUGCAGUGUGUAUGGAUUGCAGCAGUUACAGCACCUACUGUUACAGAUGUGAUGAUUUUGUGGUGAACGACACCAAAUUGGGCCUAGUACAGAGGGUCAGAGAGCAUCUGCAGAACUUGGAGAAUUCAGCAUUUUCAGCAGAUAGGCACCGGAAAAGAAAGUUGAUGGAAAGUUCGUCUAUGAACAGCAAGUAUGUGAAGGUCAAUGGAGGGACCUCUGCCAUUUGUGCUACAGGCCUUCGGAAUCUUGGGAACACUUGUUUUAUGAAUGCCAUCCUGCAAUCCCUCAGUAACAUUCACCAGUUCUGCUGUUACUUCAAAGAGCUCCCAGCAGUGGAGUUGCGAAGUGGUAAAACUGCAGGUAGAAGAACCUACCACACGAGGAGCCAGGGAGAUAAUAGUGUUUCUUUGGUAGAAGAAUUCCGAAAAACUCUCUGCGCCUUAUGGCAAGGAAGCCAGACAGCAUUUUGUCCUGAAUCUCUGUUCUAUGUCAUUUGGAAGAUCAUGCCAAAUUUCAGGGGAUAUCAACAGCAGGAUGCUCAUGAGUUUAUGCGAUAUCUGUUGGAUCAUCUACACUUAGAGCUUCAGCGGAGCUACAAUGGUAUGACAACUUCAUUUAUUUCGCCAGGCAGCUCAAGCAUCUCUCCAGGCAGUAAAUGCUGCAUAAAUGGUGCUUCAACAGUUGUCACUAAUAUAUUUGGAGGAAUACUUCAGAACGAAGUAAACUGUUUAAUUUGUGGGACCGAAUCCAGAAAGUUUGAUCCAUUCCUUGAUCUUUCGCUAGAUAUCCCAAGUCAGUUCAGAAACAAGAGAUCCAAGAAUCAAGAAAAUGGACCAAUAUGCACUCUCCGUGAUUGCCUACGCAGUUUCACAGACUUGGAAGAGUUGGAUGAAACUGAGCUGUACAUGUGCCACAAAUGUAAAAAGCGACAAAAAUCCACAAAAAAAUUUUGGAUUCAAAAGUUGCCAAAGGUAUUGUGUUUGCAUCUGAAAAGAUUUCAUUGGACAGCAUAUUUGCGAAACAAGAUCGAUACGUAUGUAGAAUUUCCUCUACGAGGCCUAGACAUGAAGUGCUUCUUGUUGGAGCCUGAAAACAGUGGUCCAGAUAGUUGCCUUUAUGACCUUGCAGCUGUAGUGGUACAUCAUGGAUCAGGGGUUGGUUCUGGACAUUAUACUGCAUAUGCAACCCAUGAAGGUCGCUGGUUCCAUUUCAACGACAGUACUGUUACUUUGACUGAAGAGGAAACUGUAGUGAAGGCCAAGGCCUACAUCCUGUUCUAUGUGGAACGUCGGACCAAAUCAGGAUCAGGCACCAAGCUUUAAUGCAUCCCACCCUUUUUAUAUAAAUGUUCCCCAAAUAAAUACUGCAUUGGAGCGCACACAAACUGUUCCACAUUUCCAUGAGUACUUGAUAAAUCAAGACUAUUUUCAUCUUGCACUUUUAAAUCGCUGAUGAGAAUUCUGUUUAUUGCACCAUUACUAGUGUUGAUACAGUAAUCGAGGACACUUGAUCUAAUUUUAGCCUACCAGAGAACCUCAGCAGAAUACUUUCUAAUUGUAAUGACUGCUGUUAAUCAAGAAAUUGGAAACAUUGUCAUUUGAAAUUAAAUGACUUGUUUGCUCGAAACGUGGCAUAGCAUUUCCUUGCUUCAAGGUGCAUUUGCAUUGAUAUCUCCAAACCUUUUACAAUACAUUGUAGUUGGUGAGAUUUUUUUUUAAUAUAUUGAGCCAAGAUUCAGAGGUCUUUUUUUUGCAUUUAUCAAUAUUCCUGUUGUGUAAAUAACUAUCAGUUUACCUUCUAAGUAACAACAUAAAAUGGUUUAAGUAACUGUUGAAAAUUGUUGCAUGUGCAUUUAUUGGCGAGUUGAUGAUCCUUUUCGUAGUCUACUAAAACCCUUCCUCUGCAAAAAGCAAAUGGGCACCCCAAAGCUACGCCAAAAGCUGGGGACAGUUGGUGCAAGAAUGCUGUUCAGUAUUAUGAGAUACAUAAAGUGUAAAUGCACCUUGACUCUGAAGUGCUAUACCUUAACCUUACUAAUUAGUACAUUUGUAUCUGCCCAGAAUUCUUUUUUUUUGUGGAAAUUGAUCAUUAUUCUGUCUGUAAUUGUCAGUUGUGUUUUUUUUUGCCACUCUUCGCUUCUGUGACCACUUUCAGACACUGGUAAAUCAGAACAAAGGCAUUCUGCCUCAAUAUUCACUUGUACUGCACAAUUGAUUUUGUGUUUUUUUUAUGUUAGGUAUUCAGUUCCGUUUUUUUAAAAAAAAGUUCUCAUUUUGUUGGUAUCACUAGACACUUUUGCAUAUUUCAGAAGACGUAAGCAAUUAAAAAAAUUACGGAGAAACAUAAAUUCAUUAACUCUCAUCCAAAUACUUUGCUGGGCAGAGUAGGGCUGUCUGCAUCACGUGGUGGCAAUGAACGGCUAAGAUUUGAUUGGACAAAAGGUGGUAAGAAUGGUUUAUGAUUUGCAGUGUUCCCUGAUUAAGAAAGCAAAUUUAUAGACACCUGGGUUACUUUAUAGGGAAAGGGGUGUAUUUUGACAAAUUUGUGUCUCCAUUUAUUGUAUGCAGUAUGUGACACAAAAUGGUGGUUACAGCUUUGGGAGAGUGCUUAGUCAUGUAUAAUGGAUGGUAUGUUUAUAUUUUCAUACCUGGAAAAAGACCUUUUUACUUAUCAAAGACACAUUUUCUCAAUUUCUGUUAUAGUGGCCUGAAAUAGUGUUUGGAACUGAAUGUUUUAAUUGCAUAAUGAGAUGAAAGAAAUGAUGUAUUUGCAUGUGGAUGUACUGUACCAUCCAGAAGCAGAAGAAAAGGCCAUCUUAUGCAGUUUGAAGGUUUUUGGGCAUGAGUCUGUCAGUCUCUUAAAUGUGAAAACACACAUCCUAAACUUGAAUCUGAAAAUUAGAACUAUAUAAAGUUAUUUAAAUGUUAAACCAUUUUGGUUGCAAAAUAUGAACUGACACGGUAAUAACGUCAAAUGGCAUUUAUUCAGUUUUAAUCCCCAACAAAAAAAAAAUUCUGAUUGUAUAUGUACUACUAUGGCUGCUUAUAAUGAUGGUAUGUAUAUUAGUAAAUGUUCAUGUACUGUUUCACUGAUAGUAAAGUGCAAUGUUGAUGCAAA